AUGGCCCCGCUCAGCGUUAUGGAGAUGUUGAGGGGGAAGCACUCCACUACCACCACACGCCUGCUGUUGGCCUUUCGGGAUUUUGAUUCGCUUUCCAAGGACAAUGUCUUCGAGAAUAAUCAGUUGGCCUUUGAAGUGGCUGAGAAGGAGCUGGGGAUCCCCGCCCUCCUGGACCCCAAGGACAUGGUCUCCAUGAGCGUCCCCGACUGCCUCAGCAUCAUGACCUACGUGUCCCAGUAUUACAACCACUUCUCUGGCCCUGGCCAAGAUGGUGUCUCACCUCCCAGGAAGGGCCUGGGACCCUCCUCCCCGCCAUCCGAAGCGCCCAGCCCGGAGGAGCCAGGAGCCGGGGUUCAGGGCGGGGCACUCCCCUCGGGCAGCCUGGCGGAGCAGGGCGCCCAGCGGGCCCCCAGCAGCACCUGCGCGGCCUGCCAGCAGCACGUGCACCUGGUGCAGCGACACCUGGCGGCGGGCAAGCUGUACCACCGGCACUGCUUCCGGUGCCGACAGUGCUCCAGCACCCUGCUCCCCGGGGCGUACAGGAGCGGGCCUGAGGACGGCACCUUCGUGUGUGCCGAGCAGUGUGCGCGGCUGGGCCCAGCCGCGCGGUCCGGAGCCAAGCCAGGGCCGCCCCCACAGGCAAAGCCGCAGCAGGGCACAGGAGCCGAGGACGGGGAGGGGCGUGCCGCCUCCCCUGCGGUGGUGGCCACACCCAGGGCCAGCCCGGAGACCCGGCCCCAGCUCCCCUCCAAGCCCCGGGUCCCCGACAAGCCGCAGGAGCUGGCCAGCCCUCCGGCGGGCCGCCCCAUGCCUGCGCCCAGGAGGACCUCGGAGAGCUCAGCCCCGACGCCGCCCACGCCCCCCACGCCCCGGCCGCGGUCCAGUCUGCAGCAUGAGAGCUUGGAGCAGGCGGGCAGCGGCGGCCUAGUGAACGGAAAGCUGCACGAGCCGCCCGUGCCCAAGCCCAGAGGCACGCCCAGGCUGCCAGAGAGGACUGCUGUUGCAGCUGUCCUUGAGGAGCCUCAAGGACAGUCAACAAAGAAGCGCCCGGCCCCCCGAGCGCCCAGCGCGUCACCCCUGGCUCUCCACGUCUCCCGCCUGUCGCGCUCGGAGCCGCCCUCGGCCACCCCGUCGCCGGCCCGCAGCGUGGAGAGCCUGUCGUCCGAGAGCUGCGGCCAGGCCCCGGGCCGGGAGCUCCUGGAGCCUCCAGCCGUGCCCAAGAGCUCCUCGGAGCCCGCCGUCCACGCGCCCGGCACCCCGGCGACCUCCACCGCCUCCUUGUCCUCCUCCGGGGAGCUGGAGCCGCCCGGCACCGGCCAGAAGAAGAAGCCGCAGGCCGACCCCGGGGGUGGCCCGAGCGCCCCGGCCCUGCCCUGCACGGGCGCCGCCCCCAGCCCUCUCCUGUUGGCUGACAGGGGCCCCGCGCCUUCCCCGGGCACCUCGUCCCCACAGCUCCAGGUGAAGUCUUCCUGCAAGGAGAAUCCCUUUAACCGGAAGGCGUCGCCUGCGGCCUCCCCCGCCGUGAAGAAGGCCUCCAGGGGCGCCAGACCCGCCAGGCCGCCCGCCCCCGGCCACGGCUUCCCUCUCAUCAAGCGCAAGGUGCAGGCGGACCAGUACAUCCCCGAGGAGGACAUCCACGGCGAGAUGGACACCAUCGAGCGCCAGCUGGACACCCUGGAACACCGCGGGGUCCUGCUGGAGGAGAAGCUGCGUGGCGGAGCACAUGAGGGCCGUGAGGACGACUUGCUGGUGGACUGGUUCCGGCUCAUCCACGAGAAGCACUUGCUGGUGCGGCGGGAGUCCGAGCUCAUCUACGUCUUCAAGCAGCAGAACCUGGAGCAACGCCAGGCUGACGUGGAGUACGAGCUCCGGUGCCUGCUCAACAAGCCAGAAAAAGACUGGACCGAGGAGGACCGGGCCCGGGAGAAGGUGCUGAUGCAGGAGCUGGUGACCCUCAUCGAGCAGCGUAACGCCAUCGUCAACUGCCUGGACGAAGACCGGCAGAGAGAGGAAGAGGAAGACAAGAUGCUGGAGGCCAUGAUCAAGAAGAAAGAGUUCCAGAAGGAGGCUGAACCGGAGGGCAAGAAGAAGGGGAAGUUCAAGACCAUGAAGGUGCUGAAGCUGCUGGGCAACAAGCGGGACAUCAAGAGCAAGUCCCCCGGGGACAGGAGCUGACCCGCAGUGCUGGCCUCUGCCCCC